AUGGCACAACGAAGAGAUACAGACCUGGAGACCCAGGAUACACAAGGACUGAACAGAACAAGGACACUUAAUGACUCUUUUUCAGAGGAAUCCAUUGCUGAAGAAAUACAAGACUUGAAUGAAGAUGUCAUCGAGGAAAGAAUUCAAAAUGAUGAUAUGAUGGGGACGAAUCAAUUGGAAAGAAAUUAUACCAUGUCAUUACAUGAUAAUCAGAGUGAAAAUGAGCAGGUACAGGGAUUACCACCUCCACCUCCACAAAGAAGAAGGUCUACUAUUGUGGAUAGUUUUAAAAACUUGGGGAAGUUUAAUUGGUGGGAUUCAGAUUUCAAGAAACAAAGAUUAAAAAUUUAUGGAACUUUCUUAACAAAUUUCUUAGUACUUUCUAUAAUAUUAAUUAUUGUUCUUUCUAUUUAUUUUGGCUCUUAUUAUAAAAGAGAAUCACGUUUUAAAAAUUUUAGAUUUUUAGUUGUUAAUCAAGAUUCUUCAGUUAAUGGUACUCAACCAGUUAUUGGGGGUACUUUACAAAAAGUUCUUGAAAAUCCUCAAAUUGCAAACAUUGGUAGAUGGAUUUCAACUAAUGAAUCAUUAUCUCGUGAUGAUAUAAUACAGAAAAUUCAUGAUCAAGAUUAUUGGGCAGCUAUUUAUGUUAGACCAAAUAUAAGUUAUGACUUGCACACGGCUAUUCAAACAAAUAAUACAGAUUUUAAUGUCACAGAGGGACUUGUGGAAUUUAUUUAUGAAACUGGUAGAGAUUUAUUGACAAUGCAAUCAUAUAUUUCAAGUAUUUUAAGAAGUGUUGAAUCAGGUUUUAUAAAAGGUUUCCCCAGUUCAUAUCCAGUAAUAUUACAACAAUUAGAUGACCCAGUAAAUGCAAUUGAAUUUUUAUCACAAUCCAUUGCAAUUAAAUAUUAUGAUCAUGUACCAGUGACAAAUUCAGUAUUAGUUGCACCAUUACAAUUAGGUCUUACUUAUUUAGUUAUUUUUGCAUUUUUCCAAUUUAUAAUGACUGUCAAGAUUCAAUUAUACAUUGCAACUUUAGUUAAAGGUCUGAAAUAUUUAUUACUUAGAAUGGCACUUUCACAAUUGUCAUAUAUUAUUUUAUCAUUAUCUUAUGUUGUAUUGAAUGCAGCAUUUAAAUUAGAUUAUAAGGCAACAUUUGGUCAUUCAGGGUUUCUUGUAUUAUGGGCUAUAGCAUAUUUAACAAUGUCAUCAUUAGGUUGUGUUAAUGAAAUUGUUUCAUUAUUGGCAUUUACAUAUUAUCCACCAUUAGUUGGUGGUUGGUUAGUUAUAUUUAUGGCUUUGAAUGUUGCUCCAGCAGUUAGUUCAAUGGCACUAAUGAAUCAUUUUUUCAGAUAUGGAUAUGCAUUCCCAAUUCAUAAUUCUUAUGAAUUAGUUAAAGUUGUAUUUUCAGAUAUUUCUAAAAAGCAAAUGGGUAGAAAUAUUGGUAUACUAGUUGCAUGGGUUGUUUUAAGUAAUUUGAUAUCACCAAUUGUUAUGAUUCAUGUUAGUAAAGUUAAAGCUAGAAGAGAUGCUGAGUUGAAAGCUCAAGGUGGUAGUGCACCAGUUAAAGCAUAA